AUGCCGUGCUCUGUUCGACCAUAUUCACCCCAGCUCCUGUCUUUGCCUUCGUGCGGGAACGAAAGCGUACCGCUCGAGAAAUUGAUGGGAGAGGAGGGUUGUACACUAGUGGACGAGUUCAUUCGUACCCGUCUUCUGCCGGAGAAUGAGGCUCGCAGGAAUGUCAGGGCGAGUGGCUUGAGGGAAGCGUACAGUGUUGCUGGAGUGGAAGUCGUGAAGGAGAAGUGGGCAGAGAAGAUAGAGAUCUUCUUUGUUGCCAAGAAGGCCACAGCAGUCCAAUGGGCCGCCAACGCAGAGGGCAUCAGCCACAAUCAGCAGAUUCCAAUGCCUCAGCUGGCCCCCGAUCACCGGAAGAGGGAAGCAAAGAAGGUGAGGAAGAAGAAGGAAGCGCCCGGCCAGCAGCCUGCCUUGAAUCUCGAGAAGCAGGCCAAAAGACAACAACAGCUGGAGCAAGUUGGCAGUCUCGCGAACGCCUCAGUGGGUCCAGUGGCUCUGAGUCGGUAUCAGGCAAUGCGGGAGAGGCUGCAGACGAGCGCCGGUCAAACGAUCAAUGCUCGAGUCUCUGCAAAGCGGAUGGACCAGAUGCUGUGCAAUUGCCUGCACGAGAUGUUUCUGGAGGGCGAAGGGUUCAGUUCAGCCCAGUACAUGGUGGCAGCCGCAUUGUUUUUCUGCCCCCACCUUCGGUCGCCUCGUCAGAUGAUGCUGCCUAUGACCAAACAGUGCUUGCAGGGAUGGAGAAAACUAGACCCACCUUUGUCCCGGCUGCCGCUCCCACACGAGGUCGUGUGUCUGAUGGCCGAGCACUCAAUCAAGAAGAGCAAGAUCGAGGAAGGACUCAUGAUGCAUUUGGCCAUGGAGGCCUAUCUUCGGCCGGGGGAGCUCAACAAGAUCAGAGUGGGCGAUGUGGUGCCGCCGGUAGCCGGCAGCAAGAAGCCGCAGUGGUCCCUGGUCCUUCACCCGACCGAGGAGGGUCAGAUGUCCAAAGCUCAGGAGUUCGACGAGACCAUCAUCUUCGAUCUAGACGAGCAGCCUGCCCUUCUGGAAGCCAUUUACCGUGUCAUGCGGCUGGCGUUCAGGAAUCCUCAGGAGAAGGUAUUCAGUGUGAAGUUCGAAGAGGUCAUGCGAAGGAUGGAGAGGCAUGCCAGGCUCACAACAUGA